CGACGCCAGUCGGGAUACACACUGCUAAAAGAAUCCUAGACGGCGUACAAGAAGAGAACCAAGGUAUUUUCAUGUGUGCGUCUAAGGACACGCUGCCUAUGAGUGUGCACGCGUGAGGACCGAUGGGUGAGAUCGAGGGCACGUACCGCGCCCUACAGACGCCGGGCACCAGACUGGGCGCCCAGUUCAACGCAGGCAUCAGCACGCUGGAGCCGGGCCAGAGCCUCAGCGUUGCCAUGGGCGCGGGGGGCAAAGGUCACGGGGGGCGGGGCGGCGGCCUGCAGCUACGCGUCCUCAACCUCGAUGACACACAGGAGUUCUACGACCUGGAGACCAAGGCUGAUGGACAGAUCCUCCUGUCUGAAGUGUUCCGCCGGUCGAACCUGAUGGAGAAUGAUUACUUUGGCCUGGAGUUCCAGAACAUGCAGAUGAACUGGGUCUGGCUGGAGCCAACGAAGCUCAUCGUAAAACAAGUCAGAAGACCCAUGAACACCCUCUUCAGGCUGUCAGUGAAGUUCUUCCCUCCAGAUCCUGGUCAACUGCAGGAGGAGUACACCAGGUACCUGUUUUCUCUGCAGAUGAAGAGGGAUCUGAUGGAGGGAAGACUCACCUACACUGAGAACACUGGAGCUCUCCUGGCCUCUCACCUGGUGCAAUCUGAGCUGGGUGACUAUGAGGAGGGUGCCGAUCGUGAGUACCUGAAGCUGAACCAGCUGCUUCCCUACCAGGACCAUGUGCAGGACAAGAUCAUGGAGCUGCACAGGAGACACUUCGGUCAGACUCCGGCCGAGUCUGACUUCCAGGUGUUGGAGAUCGCGCGCAAGCUGGAGAAGUACGGCGUGCGCUUCCAUCCGGCGGCCGACCGAGAGGGCACCAAGAUCAACCUGGCCGUGCAGCACAUGGGCCUGCAGGUCUUCCAGGGCAACACGAAGAUCAACACCUUUAAUUGGUCGAAGAUCCGCAAGCUGAGCUUCAAGAGGAAGAGGUUCCUGAUCAAACUCCACCCAGAAGUCCAUGGUCCCCACCAGGACACACUGGAGUUUCUGAUGGCGAGUCGUGACGCAUGCAAGGUGUUCUGGAAGAACUGUGUGGAGCACCAUUCCUUCUUCCGCCUCUACGAUCAGCCACAGCCCAAAGCCAAGGCCAUAUUCUUAAGCAGAGGAUCCUCCUUCAGAUACAGCGGCCGCACACAGAAGCAGCUGGUGGAGUAUGUGAGAGAGAGCGGAGCCAAGAGGACACCGUACCAGAGGAGGAACAGCAAGAUCCGCAUGUCUGCUCGAUCCCUUGCUGCCGAUUUCGCCAAGCAGAAUCUGUCGUUCAACGACUCGCUGCGUCUCCCUGGUUCUCCUUCCUCGGCCACUGUCUCCUUCCACUCCUUAUCGCCUGGCGGAGGAGGAGGAGGAAUGGGAAUGGGAAUAGGAGUGGGCGGUUCUCCACGGAGGUCCCCGGACCCCCAGCCCCACCUGCCUCCUCUCCACAGCCCCUCGUCUGGCUACCAGCACCAGUCCCCGGCUCACCAGUACCAGUCCAGCCCGAUCCAGCAGAACCAGCAGCAGGCAGCUCGUCCGGCCAGCCCCCUGACGGAGGACGUCACCAAGGCCGCCAACGCUGCCACCUCGCCCCCUUCCCACCACGCAUACCCAGGUUCUGCUGUGACGGACAGUCCCCAGUUGUCCCCGUUCAGCUCGUCUGGUCCAAUGUGCAUGUCCCCGUCCUUCCAGAUGUCCACCCUGAGCCUGCCAGGCCAGGGGCCCUCCCCGCUGCAGAGCCCCGUGCUGGGGGACGGAGGAGGCAGGACAGGCCUGGAGGAGGAUGAGGACGGCAGGAGGAAGCGCUACCCCACUGAUAAGGCCUACUUCAUAGCCAAAGAGAUCCUGACAACGGAGAGAACCUACCUGAAGGACCUGGAGGUCAUCACCGUGUGGUUCCGCAGUGCGGUGAUUAAGGAGAAUGCCAUGCCAGAUGGCCUGAUGACGCUGCUCUUCUCCAAUAUCGACCCCAUAUACGAGUUCCACAGACGCUUCCUCAAAGAGGUGGACCAGAGGCUGGCUCUCUGGGAGGGCCGCUCUAAUGCCCAUGUGAAGGGAGACUACCAGCGCAUUGGAGACGUCAUGCUGAGGAAUAUGAGCGCCCUCAAGGAGUUUGUGAGCUACCUCCAGAAGCAUGACGAGGUGCUGACGGAGCUGGAGAAGGCGUCUAAGCGUCUGAAGAAGCUGGAGGCGGUCUACAAGGAGUUUGAGCUGCAGAAGGUCUGCUACCUGCCCCUCAACACCUUCCUCCUCAAGCCCAUCCAGAGACUCAUGCACUACAAACUCAUCCUGGAGAGGCUCUGCAAACACUACACGCACGAACACAGAGACCUGCUGGACUGCCAGGAGGCCCUGAAGGAGGUGGCUGAGAUCGUGACCCAGCUGCAGAGCAGUCUGAUCCGGCUGGAGAACUUCCAAAAACUGACUGAGCUACAGCGAGACCUCAUCGGCAUUGAGAACCUCACCGCACCCGGCAGGGAGUUCAUUCGUGAGGGCUGCCUGUACAAACUCACCAAGAAGGGACUUCAGCAGAGGAUGUUCUUCCUGUUCUCCGACAUGCUCCUCUACACCAGCAAGGGCGUCACGGCAACCAACCAGUUCAAAGUUCACGGGCAGCUACCGCUGCACGGCAUGAUCGUGGAGGAGAGUGAGAAUGAGUGGUCAGUGCCCCACUGCUUCACCAUCUACUCAGCACAGAGGACCAUCGUAGUGGCAGCCAGCUCCAAGGUGGAGAUGAGUAAGUGGAUAGAGGACCUGAACAUGGCUAUAGAUAUGGCCAAGAAGACCCAGGACAAGUCAGACCUAGUCCUGGACCCGGCACUAUCCGACCGCUCCAACAGGUCGUCUGACGAGGUGUCACUGGAACAGGAGUCUGAGGAUGAGAUGAGCUCUUCUCGCUCCUCAUUGGACAAACAGCAUCAUCACCGUGCCAACACCACCAUGCACGUCUGCUGGCACCGCAACACUUCAGUGUCCAUGUCUGACCACAGCCUGGCCGUGGAGAAUCAGCUCUCGGGGUACCUGCUGAGGAAGUUCAAGAACAGCAACGGCUGGCAGAAGCUCUGGGUGGUCUUCACCAACUUCUGCCUGUUCUUCUACAAGACGCACCAGGAUGACUUCCCAUUGGCCAGCCUCCCGUUGCUAGGCUACACGGUGAGCACCCCUGGUGAUGGAGACGGCAUCAAUAAGGAGUACGUCUUCAAGCUGCAGUUCAAGUCCCACGUCUACUUCUUCCGUGCAGAGAGCGAGUACACCUUCGAGAGGUGGAUGGAGGUGAUCAAGAGUGCGGCGAGCUCUGCUGGCGGCCGUAUGGGCCUGAUGCCCCCCAAGGGCUCGGUGGAGCUGCUGCAGCCCAAGGGCUGCGUGGAGAUGAACGGCAACUGAGGACCAGCCUGGAGCUGAGCUCCUGGGCAUGGAGGCAGGGCCUCGCAGUCGCCUAGGAGACCAUUGAUGCUGUUCAUCCAAUUCUACAGUCUCCUGGAAGACCGUUGAUGCUGUUCCAUCACAUUCUACAGUCUCCUAGGAGACAAUCCUGAUGCUGUACAUCUUUAUACUUCUCCUACUUAACUGUUUUUUAAAAAUAAAGAAGGGGGUGGGCCAUUAACUGUUGAUUGACAUGAGGGUGGGCUUUGGAACUUGGAACAGCUGAAGAACUGAAGGACUGAAUGAGGCCAGCAGAACAUGUUCAUCUCAUGUUCUAGAGUUCUAUUGCUCAUGUCUCAUACUGCCCGUGUUCUUUCUCUUGUUCUGUUCCUGUAACGUAUUUUUUUGCUUGUGUUCAUUACUUACAUCUCCACCACAGCCAGGUGACACCUCAAAGUGGGGUUCCUAGGAGAGCCCUGAUGCUGUCCUUUCGUCUGGUUCAUUAUGAGACUCAUCCAAAGAUGUAUAACCCAAGUCCAAAUAACCAGACUAAUGAAUAUGUGAGCCUAUCUACUCAUUGGUUGUUCAUUGGCUAAUCUAAACUCGUUUGACCGUGUAAAACAUUUCAAAGUUAUUUGUUUCAUUAACACUGUUGUUCCCCUCCAUUUCACUUCUUUUGACGUUGCUCAAUUACCUCCGUCAGGCCUCAUGGUGGCGAGCACAGAUGUUGUUUCCAGGGAGAUGGGGGAACUCUGCACUGAGAGACGCAGGAAGGGAAUCGCGAAGUGAAGAGAUGGCUAGAACACCAUGAAGGCUGUUUCUAUAGUUGGAACACUGUAAAGGUGUUCCGUAGGUGGAGCACCGUAAAGGCAUUCCAUUGAUGGAACACUUACAAGGCUGAUUCUAUAGUUGGAACACCAUACAUUGUGCUUCACAGAUAGAGGCCAGUAAAGGCGUUCUAUAGACAAGGCACGCUAAUUGGGGCUCCACGGCUGGGUUGGAACACUCAUACGGUACAAAUGGACACCCAAUGUUGGCUCACGGAACAGGACAUGAAAUGUACUAGAGGGAUAGAUUGGAUACUGGACCCAAGGCUAGUGAUGGUACUGGACCUAAGGCUAGUUUGGGAAUUGGACUCGAGGCUAUUGUGGAGACUGGACUCAAGGCUAGUUUGGUAUGUUGAACAGAUAUUUUAAGGUGUACAGUCUCUCAUCUCUCUUGACUAUGACACGUUGAAGUGCUCUGCUUUAGACCCGAGGGAGAUUUUGAGCCGGCUCCUGCCCAGAGCUUGGCGUCCAUCUUGUUUAUUUUGUUUUUGUUUUUGUUAAAUCUCUGGUCAGCAGCUCAUCUGUGCAUAAAAUGUGUGAUGCGUGUGAAAUGAUUUGAUCUACGUAGCUGCCGUGUUUCACUCCAUGCUUCUAAUAAAGAGUUACCGAAUAUUAGGGGAAGUAGCUUUGAUUUGACAUUUUUUGAUAUUGAUAUGGUUAACUUUGUGAACUGUUUUUUGUUUUGUUUUGUUUUUUUGCCCACCUCUUGCUGUGGAGUUAAAAGGGAAUGUGUUUUAUAUAGAGAUUUAACACAUUAAUUUAUCAUGAGGCUGACAUAUCUCAAAGUGACGGAAUUUUGUAAUAAAUGUAAUAAUUGAUAUUGAAGUGUAAUGGUAGUAGUGGUGGUUCAUGGUACUUGAGGGUGACGAGGUGCAGUGGUCUAAGCAUAAACAUUGGGAGGUGUUUUUAGAGCAAUCCUCCUGCCCUCCUUUAGGGGCGCUGUAAUAACAGUCUUCAAGUUUUCACCCCUGCUGCAUUUCAUACUUUUACAGUGUUGAGGCCAGUCAGCCAAUGUUUUGGUGAGGAGCCGAACAGUUUGACGUCUUAAUUUUUUUUUUUCUUGAUCCUUUUCCUCUCCUUCAUUGUUUCCCUUCUCGCAAGGAAAGUGACUGUCUGAGACAGUGUUGCUACGCACAACCUCUUGAACAGGGCUGUGUGUAGGGUAUGAGAGGUGGUGUGUACUGUCUGUCUGUGCGGUGGCGGAAGCUGGUGUGUACUGCGUGUAGAGUGCGAGAUCUGUUUACCCAUAGUUUGUAUAUUCAGAAGUGCGUAAGGCCAUACACUAAGUGAAUGAGAGGGAAGCUUAAACUCCUCCACAGCCUGGAAACUUAAUUAUUGUACAAAUAUAUUUAGCUCUGAGCAGAACACGGUACUGGGUCAACCCCGGCCCUAUAGCAGCCAUUUGUGUGUGUGUGUGUGUGUGCAUGUGCGUGUGCGCGUGCGCGCGUGUUUGGAGGUAUGUGAGUGUGUGUCUGUAGACAAACAGUAUAUGGAAAAAUGCUUCAAAUCCUGGUACCAUGGCACCAUGGCUUUUUUGUUUUGUACAUUUUGUAUUGAUGACUGGAAUCUCCUCCCUCUCCCUGAUUGGCUAAAGGGUUUGGGUGGGAGGGGCUGACUGAUUUUUGGUUUUGCAUUUCAUUUCAUUUUGAACCACACCCUUUUUUUUUUUUUUUUACUCUUCUCUGACCUCUGUCCCCAUGUUCGCUACUGUUCUCGCCUCUCGGAUGAAAAAAAUGGAGAAAAGGAAGGAAAGGAAAUAAACAUCUCAGAACUUUGUGGGUGUCACAUUCCUAGCAGGGAUUUUGGUCUCAUUUUGACCUCAUCUCUGUGUGGGAAUACUUCAGCUAUAACCAUGUGUCCUUUCCAACAUCUAUUCUCCUCAAGUGCUUGUGGCCUCGUGAUGAUGUCACUAGGCGUCAUUCACGACAGAAGUUUAAUUCAAUAUAUCAUUUUCUCAUUUGCAAUCGGGAUGUUGAAAGGGGAAAGUCCCCCAAAAGUUUUUUUGUGGCUUGGUUGACAGCUGGGAAACUUAAUUGUUUUUUUCCACGAAAUUUUGGGCAUCACAUGAAGCAGAAGGCCACAAGCACAAGUCGAGGACAAGAGUCAGGCUAUUGUAAAGGAGCCCAUAUCCCCCCACACCAUCUCAGGCUUAGACUAUAUUGUCUUUGUGCCCAUCUCUCAUCCCCCUCUCCCUCCAUCCCCCUCUGCCCAUCUCUUCCAUCCCUCUCUUCCUAUAUUACGUCCUCCUGUUCCUUUAUAUUUCUGUUGUGCCCAUCUCUCAUCCCUUCUUCCCCCAUCUCCCUUCUUCUCCCCAUCCCUCUCUCUCUCUGUGUACCCUCCCUCCUUUCCUCUCCUCCGGAUGGUACUAUGUUAAUUCUAUUUAUAUUGUAGCAUAUGUGAGCUGAGUGGCUCCACACCUCUCUGCAUGUAGUCAUGACUAUGACCUCUUAUUGCAUCGAUGAAUAACAAACAAUAAAGUUCACAACUGGUUCAAGCUUU